AUGUCUGCCUUUUACUCUCUAUUUCGGAGUGGACGGUCUCGUAAUAAACAACAUAAUCAAAUACCAAUUGAGCCCCUAGAAACUUUUAAUAAUGAUCAAUAUCUUAAUGUUCAUUCACGUUCUCAGUAUAAAAAUAAAUUAGGGCUUUUGAUGCAACAUCCAUAUGAAGAUGAUUGGUUAAAUUAUAUUAAACAAUUGAACGUUAGUUGUUGCAGAGGAGAUGAUAAAGAUAAAAAAAGCCAACCAACAACAAAAACAAUUGUACAAGCGCAAGUUCGAGGUUCUGUUGACGUUCCCAAAAUUAUUAGUGAUCACAAAAUAGAUGAAGUGAAAUUCAUUCAAGUAAAACAACAUGAAUCACCUGCUCAUGAUAUUAAAAAAUUAUAUGGUAGAGAAAAAAUAAUGGAAAAGCUUGUUGCAAAGUUGCAAGCGCGAGAAGUAACACAACCCAUGAAUAUCGAUAAUGAUAUAUUACCAAUAUUGAAUACAAAAAAACAUGUGAUAUUUUCUAAUGAGCCAUUAACAAUUAAACCUGUAACAGCUAUACCAGGUAUCGGACCAAUAAUGGGUAAAUUAGCCGAAAAACAUGGUAUUAUCAUGGCCUAUGAUAUGUUGGCACGUUAUAUGAAUUCCGCUGGUGAUAAGGAAUUUGUAAAAUCAUUAAUUAAUGAUAUUGGUUUUACAAAGAAAUCAGCCUUUAUGGUCCGAGAUGCUAUGAAAGAUACCGUCAGACAUACGAUUUAA